AUGCUCCACCCCAAUCCACCCUCUACAUUUAACGCUCCACCCAAUCCACCCUCUACACUUAAUGAUCCACCCUCUACACUUAACGCUCCACCCAAUCCACCCUCUACACUUAAUGAUCCACCCUCUACACUUAACGCUCCACCCAAUCCACCCUCUACACUUAACGCUCCACCCAAUCCACCCUCUACACUUAACGCUCCACCCAAUCCACCCUCUACACUUAACGCUCCACCCAAUCCACCCUCUACACUUAACGCUCCACCCAAUCCACCCUCUACACUUAAUGAUCCACCCAAUCCACCCUCUACACUUAAUGAUCCACCCUCCACACUUAACGCUCCACCCAAUCCACCCUCUACACUUAACGCUCCACCCAAUCCACCCUCUACACUUAACGCUCCACCCAAUCCACCCUCUACACUUAAUGAUCCACCCAAUCCACCCUCUACACUUAAUGAUCCACCCAAUCCACCCUCUACACUUAAUGAUCCACCCUCUACACUUAACGCUCCACCCAAUCCACCCUCUACACUUAAUGAUCCACCCUCUACACUUAACGCUCCACCCAAUCCACCCUCUACACUUAACGCUCCACCCAAUCCACCCUCUACACUUAACGCUUCACCCAAUCCACCCUCUACACUUAAAGAUCCACCCUCUACACUUAACGCUCCACCCAAUCCACCCUCUACACUUAACGCUCCACCCAAUCCACCCUCUACACUUAACGCUCCACCCAAUCCACCCUCUACACUUAAUGAUCCACCCAAUCCACCCUCUACACUUAAUGAUCCACCCAAUCCACCCUCUACACUUAAUGAUCCACCCUCUACACUUAACGCUCCACCCAAUCCACCCUCUACACUUAAUGAUCCACCCUCUACACUUAACGCUCCACCCAAUCCACCCUCUACACUUAACGCUCCGCCCAAUCCACCCUCUACACUUAACGCUCCACCCAAUCCACCCUCUACACUUAACGCUCCACCCAAUCCACCCUCUACACUUAAUGAUCCACCCUCUACACUUAACGCUCCACCCAAUCCACCCUCUACACUUAACGCUCCACCCAAUCCACCCUCUACACUUAACGCUCCACCCAAUCCACCCUCUACACUUAAUGAUCCACCCAAUCCACCCUCUACACUUAAUGAUCCAUCCUCUACACUUAACGCUCCACCCAAUCCACCCUCUACACUUAAUGAUCCACCCUCUACACUUAACGCUCCACCCAAUCCACCCUCUACACUUAAUCCUCCACCCCAAUCCACCCUCUACACUUAA